GAGAGAGAGAGGGGAUGGGGGGAAGGGGAUGGGGGGAAGCAGGGAACGGGAUGGGGGGAAGCAGGGAAGGGGAUGGGGGGAAGGGGAUGAGGGGAAGCAGGGAAGGGGAUGGGGGGAAGGGGAUGGGGGGAAGCAGGGAAGGGGAUAGGGCAGAGGGAUGGGGGAAGCAUGGCCGAAGGAGGGACGAAGCAGGGCGGAGGGAAGGGGGAAGCAGGGGGGAUGGAGGGGGGAAGCCGGGAGGAGGGAGGGGGGAAGCAGGUGAGGCAAAGGAGAAUAGAUUGGGGGGUGAACAGAGCUGCCCUUCACCCUCUAUCUCUCCACCUGUGUCCUUCCCCCUCUGUCUCUCCCCCUCUGUCCUCCCCCCUAUUCCUCGCCACCUGUUCUGUCUCUCCCCCUCUGUCCUUCCCCCUCUUCCCCUUGUCCUUCCCCUUCUGUCCAUCUCAUCUCCUCCGCCCGUUCCCUUCCUGUUCCCCGCCCAUCAAUCAUUAUUUCACUGUGGCACCAUCCGCCCCUCAGCUGUCCAUCCCCCUCUGUCUCUCCCCCUCUGUCCUUCCCCCUCUUCCCCUUGUCCUUCCCCUUCUGUCCUUCUCAUCUCCCCCGCCCAUUCCCUUCCUGUUCCCCGCCCAUCAAUCAUUAUUUCACUGUGA